UUCAAUAAGUGAAUGUAACAUAUUUUAUUUAAAUUUUGCUUUUAAAUAGGCUGGCUUAAAUGUUGGUGAUAUGAUUUUAGCUGUUAAUCAAACAGAAUUAAUUGGUGCAGAUUAUGAUACAGCUGCUGGUGUUUUGAAACAAAUAGAUGGAUCAAUUAACAUUGUUAUUGCUAAUCCAAACAAGUCAUUAGCAUCAGAUAAUAAAGAAGAAAAUAAAGGAGUUGAAGGAAGUGAAAAAUUAACGAAAAGAGUAUCUAAGAGAGAAAAGAGGAAUGCAACAUCCAAAUUUGGUCAUUUUCCUGUUAAAUCAUCAAUUAUAAACUGCCGAACUCGAACAUCUGGUGGAACAAAAUCACACACAUUUUCAUUGUCUUCUCAUUUUUCCCAUUACACUUCAUCACGGACAUCCCAUUUUCCUAAAUUGCCAACAUUGCCUUCUUCUUCUCUCCUGGAUGGCACAUCUACAUUACCAGAAGAACCUGUUGAACCUCCUGCUGAUCCUAAGACGUGUGAAAUCAAACCAGGUCAAGAAACAACAAUAGAAAUAAAUAAAGAGAAGACAGGAUUGGGCCUUAAUAUUGUGGGUGGCAAUGAUACUCCUCUUAAUGCUAUUAUUAUUCAUGAAGUUUAUCCAGAUGGAGCUGCUGCAACUGAUGGUCGUCUACAACCAGGAGAUCAAAUUGUAGAGUUAAAUGGUGAAAACUUCAGGAAUGUUUGUCAUGAAUAUGCUAUUACAGCUUUACAAAAGUCACCAUCUAUAGUGCAAUUAACAGUUUACAGGGAACCUGGAUCAAAUCAUGGGAAAAAAUAUGAUACAUUACAAGUUGAACUUUAUAAAAAAUCUGGUAGAGGGCUUGGACUUAGUAUUGUGGGCAGAAAGAAUGGACCUGGAGUUUUUAUAUCAGAAGUGGUUAAAGGUGGAGUUGCUGAAGCUGAUGGAAGACUUAUGCAAGGUGAUCAAAUAUUAGAAGUCAAUAGUAUUGAUCUAAAAAAUUCCAGCCAAGAACAUGCAGCUGCUAUUCUAAAGACAGUGAUUGGUAAAGUUAGCUUGAAGAUUGGAAGAUUAAAAGCUAGUUCUCGACAUAAUAGCCCAGGAACCCCAGAUUCAAUUGAAUCAUUAGGCAUAAAGAGAAAAUAAAUUAGUAGAAAAGUGAAUGAAAGUAAGUCAAGUGAAGCACUCCAAAAUAUAUCACUAAGAAAACUUGAACAAGAAUCUUCUACUAGGAGAAACUAUAUUUUUUAAAUGUGAACUUUAUAAAAAAGAAAUGAAUUGCAUAUAUCCAGUUUAGGUAAUUUUAUGGAGAUGCAAUGGCUCAAAGAGAAGAUUCACAUGGUUCUUUAUUGUACACUUUGUCCAGGUAGUUCAUUCAUUGAUGACAGAAACAUAAAUAUAUAAAAGGUAAAAUUGGUAAAAAAAAAAAUUAGCCAAUUAAAAAGUGAAAAGAGUUUUAUGAAAUGUUUCUGCAAAUAAUUUAAGUACAGUGUUAAUAAAGUGACUGUUGCUUUCAAAAUAGUAUGAUUUUAAGAUAUAUCGAAAUUGUCAAAAAUAUGUAAAAAUGUAAUAUAUAUAUAUAUAUAUGAAAAAAAGGAAUAAAAUAUGGUGUGCUAUAUAAAAUUAUCAAUAUAUGUAUAUAUGAAGACAGUUCAUCUACAAAAAAUAUCAUUACCAUUUUUUUAUGUCUUCAAAUAAGAAUCUAUUAAUGUACUUAUCAGUUUUAUAUUUUUUAAAUGUAUUAAUUAUAAGUAAAGUAUGUUUUAAGUUUUUUGGAAUUCAUAUCAGGGAUGUAUUAUCUUAGCAAUUUAUAUUUGCUAAAAAAAAUUUUAACAUAUCGGUAAUUUUGUUUAUUCAUAGUAAUUUAAGUACCUAUACUUAUCUUGUUAAAAAUAGAUCUAAAAACUCUCUAUUUGAAAUCAAAAAUAUUUAUAUUAAAAUACAAUGUUGUAUUUCCUACACAUAACAGAAAUAUUGUCAAGUAUGCAAUAAGUUGUGUGCAUGUUAUUUUAAUGAUUGAAUUAUAAAUGUAACCAUAAACUAAUAUUUCAACCAUCUGUAUUUGUUUGUGUGAUCAUCAUCUUAACUCUUCCAGAAUUUUUUAAGACAUUUUUUUAAGAAGAUUUGAAAUGAAUUAAAAUUAUUUAUAAGAUUUUAACAGUUUUAUAUAAAAUUAUUAGAUAUUGAGAUUGCUUGUUUAUUAUUUUUCUCCAACAUUUUUUGUUGCAUAAUUAUGUAUGCUAAAGCUUAACUGCAACUUUUACUUUUUAACUUAGUAUAUAGAUUACAAUUGCUAAAUUCUAUCGGUCUUCUUAAUCACAAAGAUGAUAACUAUACAAAGUAAAUAUGUAUGAUGUUUACAUAUAUUUAUGCUAAAACAUCAAAUAACUAAAAAAUUUCAUUUUCUUAACGUGGCAGAUGCAGCCUGAUCUGGUCCAAUAAUUGGUAGUUAAAAUGCCUGUGAUUUAUAUAUGUACAUAAAUCAGUUAUGGAAAUACUAAAUAUUAUACAAGAUGGACCAUUCUCUCCAGGUUGCAUCUAUCAGAUGGAUACCUAUGCAAUGGACUGUUAAAGUGUUUAUAUAAAAAGAAAUUUAAUAUGUAAAUAUAUUAAACAAGAUUUGUUUUGAAUCAUAAAAGAUUAUGCAGCAACAAUCAAUAUUAUAGAAAUUUGUAAAUUGCUUCUAGACUGUUAGUAUUUUCACAGCAACUUCUCAAAUAGCUGGAAUCAGUUUUAAUGUAUUAUAGAUAGUCUUUUUCUGGUGUGCAUCUCACAUUUCUUUCAUAAUGACUGAGCUCCUACAAAGUAUGCUCAAGAUGGUUAUGAAUGCUUCAUAAUAAGCAAACACUCAUUCUCAAAAGAUAGUGUUCAAUUAGAUAAAUGCACUUUUAUUGUAAUCUGCUUUAAUGCUGAAGCAGUUCUAUUGUUAUUAUUAUUCACUGUAUAUAAUGUGUAUAUAUAUAUAGGCCUAUA